AUGGGCUUUCUCCGGCUAAUAUUCAGACUCAAGAAACAGAGCAACUCUUCUACAAAGGACAAUAACCGACGGUGGAGCUUUAGUAGAUCUCCUCGCCCACUUCCGCCGUCCGCCAAGAACAACAACGAAUCUCAGUACGACGACGGAUUGGACGCAAAUAAGCAUGCCAUAGCAGUUGCCGCGACUAUUGUCGGUGGGGAUUAA